GACUAACUGAAAACAAAAACUAAAAUAUACAAAAAAAAAAUUGCUAAAGACAGCGAAAUUAACUGCAAAGAAAAGCGUAUAGUGCAAACGGACAACACAAAAACAACAAACACGCGGAGUACAACGAAAAGGGAGGGGAAGGGAAAGGUUGAACAAAAUUUUGUCAGUUUUUUUUGUACAGAAACGGCAUUAAACAUUGCUACAAGACGCCAAAACAAACGAAAUUUUAAAACUCCUCCCAUGUUACAUCAAGCGGGAGGGGGUGGGAAGGGAAAUCGCCCAGCACAGCAACAGCCGCAACAAUUAAAUCAGCACCAGUUGACUAUAUCUCAAUUACAGUUGCAUCCCGGUCAACAAGCACUGCAUCAAGCGAAUCAGACAGGGCAUUCAAUUCACGCUGUACAACAACAGCAACUUUCGUCGGCACCGUUGCAUCUGGGACAUCAAACCCAAACACAAAAUCUUUCCCAUUACCAACACCCGCAACAAAAUCAACAGCAGGCUCCGCAGCCGCAACUGGCACAUCCAUCACAAUCAUUCUUAAUAUUAAAUCAGCCUCCGCCGUUGCCUCAAUCUAAUAAUGGCACACCUGGACCACAACUGGCAUCCUCGCCACCAUUACAAAAUUCUAGUACGCCGCAUACAACAACACAAUCCGGAGGACAAAUACAAUGUUAUGGCAACAAUAACAGUAUUAACCACACUAAUAAUACAGGAAAUAUUGGAAGACAACAGUCUGCAACAAAUAAUACCGGAAAUAUACAAUAUGCCGGCAAUACCAACAUUAUUCCCGCACAUGGUCCAGGGUUCAUGACAACAACUUUCCACAUGCCAUACCAGCAAGCACCGCCUCCAGCAUCUGUAAUGGCAGCAACAAUAUAUGCUAAUAAUGCGGCACCUGUUGGUAAUCAUAAUGCAAACACGACACAAAACACAUCUCAACAAGCAUUGUUUACCGCAGCGCAACAUCAACCGCAGCAGCCACACGGUAUGCCCCCCGCACAAGCUCUACAAUAUUUUCCAGGCAACAUAAGCGUACCGAAUACACAGAUGCGUGGCGUGCUUACUCAUCGUUCUUAUGUGAUGCCACCAUUUUUUGCAUUCCCAACUGGACCGCGAGCUCAACUUCUUUCAAAUUCUCACCAACAGCCGGGUGUUGGACAGGUCUUGCAAACUGCAACACGUGGACCCAUGGGUACAACAACAGCAUACAUUCAACCAUAUUGUCAACCGCCCAUUCCAAUGUGUACACCGCAAUCACCUAUAAUACCGCAACCACCAACAGCAUCAUCCUCACUGCAGACAUAUAGCACACAUAUGCAAGCAUCUAAUGCAAUUGGUGCGGCAUCCUCAUCUAAUACGUCUAUAAAUUCUUUGAAUAGCAAUACAGAAAUUGUGAAACCGCGCAAACACGCUAUUCCCAUUAUAAAUCCCGAUACAAUGGUGAGUAUAUUUGAGGAAAAACCCAGAAGACAAAGCACUUCAACAGAAACAUCACCUGAUACAUUAAAAAAAAGUAAAGAUGAUAGCGGUAUAAAUAUUGAAGAAAAUACUAUUGCUAGUGACAGUCUAUUAACUUCUACGGAGCAAACUGAGGCAUCACUACUUGCUGACUCAUCAGCUGAUGAUUAUGAACAACAUUUACAAAACGAACUAUCUGUUGAUUCCAAUAUGAAUCAAACUAGCUACGAAGAAAAAUCGACUUUCACCGUCUCUUCAUCACCAGCUGUCUCCAAUAUUUCCGCUACUGAAGAGGAGUAUGAUGAUAAUACCUCUAUUUGUUCACAAACAACUUCGAAUACUAAGUUAAAUUCAGAUAAACAAACUGAGGAUUAUACAAUAGAAUUUGAGGAUGAGCACAUAACGGUUGUUGUUGAAGAAGUGCCUGUAGAGUCCAGCACAAAUAUAGUUGAAGAUGAAGUUGAUAAUAUUUGCAGUUUCAGUGACGUAAAAGAUCCAACAUCGCCACAGAUAGAGAUAGUCAAAAGUAAAAAGACUAAAGCAGUUACUAAAGAAUUAACAGUUACUCAAAAUUCUUCUAUAUUAAAAAAAAGCAACGCACAAGAAUUUGUAAAAACAGAGCUUACAUCUGUCGUAGUAAAGGAGCCGAAAUCGAAUGAAGGUCCACGAAUAAAGAUUUUGCAACGAGAAGAAAAUCAACUUAUAACAACAAAACAGUGUUCAAAAUCUGAAGAAUUAAACACGCUCUCCAACGUUAAAGAACAGAUACAACAAACGAAAAAACAAAGUAGUAACACUGAAGAGGAUUUACCGCAAACAGUAGUCUCAACAACAAAAGUAACUAGUAAACGAAAUAUUACGAUCAUGCAAAGAAAAACUUUGACUGCUUCGAUGACCCCAACUCCAAGCACAAGCUCUUCAGCUUCGCCUAUUAUAGUGAAAACUUUGCCAGAUAAGAAAACCACUAACAAUGCUAAAACUAACAAUGCAGUAGAAGAUCUAGAACAGACAGCAACAGAUACUUCCCAAUCAAAUAAAAGUGUUUCCACAAAAAGUUUGAAAAAAAAUCGAAAGGCUGCGAAACGUGCCAGAGAGGCUGAAGCUAAAAACAAAAAAAAUGAACGAAACAAUUUAAAAAAGACUAGUGAAAAUGAUAACAAUAAUAAUCAAACUGUUCAGACAGUAACAACGACUACUGCAAAGCUUCAGAACAAUAAUAAUCAAAAUCAGAAUCAGAAUAAAGCAAAUGCUAAGAAGAAAAAUCAAACGAAUAAUGUUAGUUGUGAUUCAGGACCAUCCUGUCCUGAUAAAACGGCAAAUAAAAGGCAGCAACCUCAGCAGCAUGAACAGAAUCAGCAGAAAAAAAAUAAACGUACUGGAGACGAACAGCAGAAGGUUGAAAGGAAUGAUGGUCGUACAAAUAAUAAACCCAAACCUACAAAAAUUGAAUCAGACGCUCCGGUUAAAAAUAAACUUUUAAACAAUGAUGAAAUUGUGGCGAAAUACUUGCAGCCUGACUUGAAUGCAACUCAGGGUGAAGCCGAUCAUAAUUAUGAAUUUCUAAACAAAUCCGUUUCGCCUGGUGAAGAUGAGGAGGAACUAAGUGCUCGUUUGCUAUUACAUGAACAACAGUAUGCUAUGGAUACACAUGCUGAAUUGAAAGCCAUACGUUUCGGCGACUUCUCUGAAGAUAAGGACUCUGAUGAAUUAUCAGAAACGAAAUCAAUUAUUGAUAAUACAACAAACGCUGUCUUUAGUAAUAUUAAAAAUAAUAUGCCAACAAGCGCAGAGUAUAACAGAAAUAGAAAUUCUAGUGACGUCACCAUCAACGACAAGAUCAUUAAAAGAAAUUUAGAAUUCAAAAUUGGAUUUGGUAGAGUUGAGGGUGGAGCUGAUAAGCCAUUACAAACAAAUAUCUCAUAUAAAUCUGAUGGAACCACAAAAUCUCUAACUAGAUAUAGUAUGGAUGAGCUAAGAACUAUAUCAAAAUCUGCACAAUCUCGCAAACCGCCAGUUAUAAAUUUUCCACCUGGCAGUUGUAUAUCACAAUUAUUUGUUUCGCGUCAUAAUCAUUCCAACAAUCAACAUCAAAGUAAUAAUAUGCAUCAGCACGUACACCAACAACAAUAUCAGCACAUGAACUUUAAUGAAUCGAUUGAGUUCCUGAGUGGUAAGCGUCGCACACAAAAUAAAAAACAUGACAAUACGUCAAAUAGCGCUAACUCUCAUGCGACAUCCUCAAGUAGCAUGAAUAGUCAGAAUCAACGAAAAAUGGACAUUAUACAUGUGAAUCUAUCACUGAAUGAAGAAAUUAAACUAUCCGAGUGUGAAAAUGCUUGGCAACCAGAUUCCAUACGCAGUAAAUCCAUUAAAUCCCAUUCUAGUCCGAAUGACGAUAUUGAUGCGGUACUAAAGAAGGUACGAGGUGUGCUGAAUAAACUUACUCCGGAUAAUUUUGAUGUGCUAUUGAAAUCAAUGUCAAAUAUCUCAAUUGAUACGCAGGAGAAAAUGCACCAAGUUAUAAUUCUGAUAUUUGAAAAGACCAUUAGUGAACCGAAUUUCGCACCAACCUAUGCAAAAUUCUGCAAAGUCCUUUUUCAUGAGACAACAAUCGAUAGUAAAGCACUGAUAACACGCAUACAAAAUGAGUUUGAAACCAAUGUGAACGAUGCGCAUGCUAAGAAACUCAAAUUGCAACCACUCGUUGAAAAGUUAGAAAAAUGUGAAGAUCCCAAAGAGCGUAUAGAACUUCAGGCUGAAAUAGAAAACCAAGAAUAUCAAUUCAGACGGCGAGCUUGGGGUACUGUACGUUUCAUUGGUGAGAUUUACAAACUGCAAUCGUUAGGCAGUGAUCGAGUGUUGAUUUGCAUUGAGUCGUUGUUAGAGCAUGGAUCGGAGGAAAAGUUGGAAUAUAUGUGUAAAUUGCUCACAACUGUCGGCCAUCUGUUAGAGGGUAAAGCAACAGAACACAAAUUACGUUUAGAUAAAAUAUUCCGCAAAAUCAACGAUAUUGUAAAUAAAUCGCGUAAUAACAACAAUAAUAAAAAGCAAGAAAAAAUUAGUAGUCGCGUUCGUUUUAUGAUGCAAGAUGUUAUGGACUUACGUGCCCGUAAUUGGGAUCAGCCUUACACUGAUAAACAACGGCGGACUCCCACCAAGCAGCAACAACAGCAACAUUUAACUGAAAAAGUUCAAAAUAAAAGCAAUGCAACAAAUCUAAUUAACUCUAAUCGUUCCGUUGGUUACAAUAGUCAAAAUAAUUCCCGUCAUUCACGUGGAAUUGAUAACCAACGUGAUAAUAAUUAUUUUGCAUCAAAUAAACAAAAAUUGAAUUACGUACAACAAAAUGAACAGAUAGAUAUGAACAAACUUAAGUUUACACGUAACGAAGAUACCACGUUGGGCUGUUCGUCAAUGUGUCUUUGGAAAAUUCACGGUCGUGCACCAACAUCAGUAAAUACAAAUUCCACUACGUUAACAAACAACGCGUCCACUAGCGCAAGUGCCAGCGGUAGUACACAUACAACUGAUAGUAAUGUAAGACGUACAACAAAUCCAUUCCAAAUAUUAGAUAACCUCGAUAACAAUCGUACAACAUCUCAAAGUAGCGUGGGGAGCAGCUGUAGUAGCACUAAUUCAUCAAACUGCGGUUAUAACAAUAAAGAAUGCCAGCGCAUUAUCAAUGGUCUAGUUGAAGAAAUACUUGACGGCAACUCUGGUUGGGGGCAAGAAGUGUUAAACAUUUGGCAAACAGCAAAUCGAUUCCAACAGACAUCAUUGUUGCAGUACAUAUUAAUAGAGUAUCUACAUUUAGCAGAUACUAAACGCACGCAACGUGAAGCUUGUGCCAAAAUAUUCAUACACUUGAUACCCAAUAAGAAAAUUUUUGAUAAAAAAGUGUUUACCACAGCUUACAAUGAGUUUGCAGAAGAGUUUCCCGACUUACUUGUUGAUGUGCCAAAUGGUUGGAGUUACAUAUUUGAAUUUUUAGGUUCAAUACUACAUGAACGUUUGCUGCAUUUGGAUGACAUUUGGAAUUCACAAUGGGAUAAUAAUGGUCCUAAAUUCGCAGAACGAUUCCUCAAAGCGUUGGUAGUAUAUUUUACAAAUGAAUUUGGUGCUAAUUAUAUGUAUGAUAUGUGGCAUAAAGAAUUUAAAUUAGAUCGUGCCCAAAGGUUUUUCUCCGAUGAAAGCGAUUGGGAUCGGUUUAUAAAAGCAAACAGCUUUCAGUAUAUUGCAGAGAGAAAUUAUAAAAUACCGCAGGCGGUUCGAGUAAACAAAUCACAUAACAUAACCACUGCCGAGCAAGUGGAACGCAUCGAAUAUUUACUAAACACAGCCAACGAGUGCGAUCUUGCUAUUGACUAUAUAAAUACAAAUGUAAUUAUUAAUUCAACUUUUAUAAAAAAUCUCACAAAAUGCUUAUGCUGUGAUUUUUCAACUGUGAUCCAAACCAACAAUAAUAAUACUAGUAGUGGCACAGCAACGUCGUCUAUCACAACAUCAAAUACGCCGAAGAAGACGAAAAAGUCACAGCAUAAGCGCCAAUUAAACACGGAAUUAUUCCGCAGUAAAUGCACACCACUAUUGAGGCUUUGUAUCGAUAUGCGCGAAGAGUAUGAAAUUGCAUGCUUAGAUGCAAUUGUAGAUGCACUACAACAAGCAUAUGAAGAUUCGACAACCGCUAAUGAUUUGAUCUGCAGUGUUUUCGAAAUUCUCUAUGAAUCUGAAAUAAUUCCGAAGGACUCAUACGAAAAAUGGUAUCAAAUACGUAAAAGCGCUGGCGCUUCAACUUCUUCACCCACAAAUAGCAAUAUAAGGAGUGGUACAAACAAGGAAAAGGAUAAAAAUGCUGGUAGUAAUAGACAGGCACAUAAUAAACAACAACAUACCAACAACAAUAGCAAAAAUCGUAACAAUCGACUCAGUGAUGAAAUUUACACGUACAUUAAAAAAUUACUAUAAAUUCAAAAGUACAGCAUAAAUUAUAUUAAUAUCAAGUUAUUUCAAUUCAUUACACUAAGUUUGUCGAAAUUAUAUGUGUCCAGAGGUUUAAGGGAAAAAAAUUAUAAGUAGGACUAUUAGUUAAGACAAAUGAAAUGAAGUGAACAAAUUAUAUAUAGACUGUAGAUAUAUACAUUAUAACUAUAUGCUAAAUUUUAAAGUGGAAUCAAAGUGGAAGUGGAAUCAAGAUACGUAGCUACGUUUCAAAUAUAUGCAUAUAUUUGUAUGUAUAUAUACGUAUAUACAUAUAAAUAUAUAAUAUUUAUAAGUAUAUACAUAUAUAUUUAUACAUAUAUAUGCAUAUAUGGCAGAUAGCCAAUUCAAACCAACAUCCACAACUAACACCAAUGGGAGUUAAUAACCAACCAUACAAAAUUUAUACAUGUUUCACUGAAUCCAACCGAUUGGUAACUAAUAAAUUUCAAAAUCCCAAGUUUAAAACUAAUGUCUGUUCUAAUGUCCUUUUAUAGAUAUAUUUCGUUCAAAAUAUUACAAAAGUCCUGUAGAUAAAAAAAAAUCAAUUCAGU